UUCCUCCAUCAAUUCUAUCGUUUCUUUUCUUCUGCUCUUAAAUGUCUCCGCCCAUCGUUCUGACCAUGCUAGUCCCCGUUCGCAUACACCACAUACGUACCAUAGUGCCACCCAAACCACAAAAACCCGGACACACGCUCUUCCAAUCGCUGACAUGAUAAAAUAAAAACCUUACUGCACCAUCGCAUUCGCGUCGCGUCGAAUCCAUCUCGUCUCCUGUUUGUUUUGCCCUUUUUUUUUUGUGUGUUCCUGGCGAUUUAUGCCAUCACAUCUGGCGCUGCUGUCGUGCCUGCUGGUACUGGUCCUCUCGUUCGACAAGUUCCUCUUCCACUACCUGAGGCGCCGCUGGUUCUCCGGCGGCGGCAGCGGCGCCACCGUCCCGAGGGCGCCUGCCAAAUCGCGGCGGACCAUGGCGGCCGCCAAGUGGAGCGAGACGGCCAUGCUCGUCAUCGACAUGCAGAAGGACUUCGUUGACCCGGCGAUGCGCAGCCCGAUGCUGGUGGCCGGCGGCGAGGCCGUCGUCCCUGCCGUUGCCGAGGCCGUCGCCGUCGCAAGGGAGCGCGGCAUUUUCCUCGUCUGGGUUGUCAGAGAGCAUGAUCCUUCUGGAAGAGAUGUUGAACUUUUCCGCAGGCAGCAUUACUCUGGGGGAAAGGGUCCAACAGUGAAAGGUCUGAAAGGAGCGGAGCUGGCUGAUGGGCUUGUUAUUAAAGAAGGGGAAUACAAGUUAGUGAAGACUAGAUUUAGUGCUUUCUUUGCGACGCACCUUGAUUCUGUCCUGAAAACUGCAGGAAUAAAGAACUUGGUUAUUGUUGGAGUUCAAACACCAAAUUGCAUUCGGCAGACUGUCUUUGAUGCUGUAGCAUUGGACUAUGAGAAAGUUACAGUUCUUAUUGAUGCAACAGCUGCUGCAAGACCAGAAAUCCAUUUGUCAAAUAUCAGGGAUAUGAAGAACAUCGGAGUGGAUACGCCAACCGUGGAAGAAUGGCGCCGCUAGGGUCCGCUGCCACCUCACCCUGUCUCUUGGCAGCACCAGCAAAGAGAGAUGACCUGAUGUAUGAGAUGCAUGCAGCACCUCCCUCCCUGCAUCUAUUUCCUUUUUCUAAUCUCCGUCUAAUUGCGUGACUGCACGUACGUAGCUGUAGUGUUAUACCCUGUGACUGUGAGGUAGAACAAUGCCAGAUGGUGGUAUAUAGUGCUAUAUGCAAACUUGUAAUUGUAAUCCCUCUGUGUAGAGUUCUGUUCAGCAUACCAUGUGCUUCGAAUACGGCACUGAAUCCUGUGCGCGAUACACUAAUCUUUUGUUGUCGAGGUCGAAAACUCUUAUAGUUGGCGCAUCAGGUAGGGGGUGCUUUGUGCACAGAUUCCUUGUGUUUUCA